AUGACGAAGAAGUCGCGCAAGAACGAGCCUGAUAAGACGCAUCGCUUGGCUCUCGCUGAGCUAGCUGCUCAUGACGAUGCCUGUUCAGACGCCCUCAUUGACAAUGCCUUCUAUGGAGCUCAAAUACGGAAAAACAGACCAAGAUACACGCCCUUACGCGGCAUCAAGGACGAAGAAAUACCCAAUAUUCUUUUACACAAACUGAUCGACCAGAAAGACUACAGGGCGACGGAGAAGGCUCUCCUAGAUGUGUCUGGAAUAAAGCGAUACCUUAGCGGGCUCCGAGGAAAAGCAGUGCGGGAGAACUUCAUGCAACACUUGCGCAAAUACAUCUCAAUGUACAAGACGGACAGCCCUUGGGAGGUCUCCACCACAAAUAGAUAUACAGUUACAUCAUUCGAAGCAGCUGUAACCGCUCGAACGAGGAUAAAACAGCACCAGACAAUCCCUUAUUUAGUCGGUACAUUGGUCAAACUGACUGCAGAAGAAUCAAAUCAGUUGGACGCGACAAACCGUAACUUCAGCAUUGUUUGUGCUGGUCGCAAGAAAGCUCAAUCUAUUUUCCUAGGUCCUGCUCGGUUUGCCAACCACGACUGCGAUGCUAAUGCGCGACUUGUGCCCAAGGGCGACGAUAGUAUGGAGGUCGUGGCUUUGAGAAACAUUGAUGUUGGAGAGGAGAUCACUGUCUCAUACGGGGACGAUUACUUCGGACCGAAAAACAUCGACUGCUUCUGCGCGACGUGUGAGAAAGCUAUACGGAAUGGAUGGAGCCCAAAGCCGAAUGAAGGAGAAGAUGAUAUGGGCUCUAGCCGGCAACCUUCAGCUGCUGCAUCACCUGGGAGGUCGUCAAGCAAGCGAAAGAGAGACUCGGAGAGCCAAUCGCCCGUGCCUCAGCAGCUGCCAAAGAUCAAGCGACAAAGACCGAAUCCUUCCCCAUCCAAGCUUCAGUAUUCUUGGACACCUUCGGAUAGUGCUACGUCUGUGAACGAGGUUGAUGAAGACGACAGUGUGAGCAGACAGAGUGUCGAGUUGGUCGCCGUGAACGAUCCAGUGCCUGCUUCUCCUGCAAACUCUCGCUAUUCGCUGGAAGCAAAAGCAGAAGCUUGGGCGGAUCAAGAUGCAAGCUCAAGCAAGAAACGCAGUCGAUCAAUCUCACAACUCUCAACGUGUAAGAGACGGAAGGUAGAUAUACUAUCCGCACAAUCACCGAAAGACAGGAAAGAUAUUAACCCUGCCUUACCAUCGCCCAUGUCGCAAAGCAAUAGUCCACCACAUGAUCCGGAUGAGGCUAGGACAGAGGACGAUACUAUCGUCGUCAAAAUGGAGACCACAGAAGUGGUCAAGCUUGAGAAGGAUACGCCUGUUCCGAAUAUGAACAGUGUCGCGCCUAACCCACCGAUGGCUGCACAAUCAUCACAGCCGCAAGCGAUCUCUACAGUUACCACGACUCAGCUAACUACAGCAAUUGCUUCCUCUGCGUCACAAGUACCUCCAAUUAACGUCCUGGUUGAGUCGAUAGAAUCCAACUCGGUCGAUGUCAUAACAAACACAAAUAUACAAAUACAACCGCUUUCACAAUUCCAUCGAACACCAGGUGAUUGGUUCCUAACUCGAAAGCUACUGGCUCAGCCGCAUGACAGAUGGGUCCAGUGUCAUAAUGAGCGCUGCUUGGGGUACUUCCUACAAGCUGAUGGCUAUCUCACACGAAGGGAAUGCCCUCGAUGUGAACGACACUCUAAGCUCUAUGGUUUUGCUUGGCCAAAAACGGACCCCAACUUUCGGAAGAUAUUGGAACGUCCAGGCAGCACGAAGGAGAAGAAAGACCCCAGUCUGUACUCAGCUUACCGGAGACAAGGUAAGCAGGGGAAGGGCACCUGGGUCGAAGGCGUGGGCGACGAUGAGGAAAGAACUAUGGACCAUCGAACCGUUCAUCGCUUCGUGCUGCCGGAAGACGAGAAGGCUGUCGCUAGGAGUGGGCUUCUGAAGCAGGCUGAAGUCGAACGCCUCAAAGGAGAAGGCAACUUUAUUGGAAUUUUCGGCUUAGGUAGGGAGAGCAAGAGCAGGAUCACCGACAGCGAGGUUAUGGAUCGGGACAGCUUAACACCCGAUGGCGAGUUAAGGCGGAGAAGUGGUAGGAUCACCACGGACAAGAUCUACUCUCGCGUUUAG